GUGCUCGCAGGGAGCAGAGCGGCAGAGUCCCAGAGAGAGAAACCGCCGCUCCUGCAAUCUGCUGAAGUGGAGACAUUUGUGUGUGUGUUGGCUUUGGGGGAGGAAAGCCCCAAAGAGGACGAGGAGGAGCUGGGACUGUGCUCAUGUGACCGGUGGCGGCUCAGGCAGCGCCGCAGCUGCUUUUCCGUUCUCCAUUCGGGAGAGCCGGCCGGGGAGUGACUCCGCCGGACGAUGCGAAGCGGCGUCUCCCCAAACAGAUGAUGGCGAUACGAGAACUGAAAGUGUGUCUGCUUGGAGAUACUGGGGUUGGGAAAUCAAGCAUAGUUUGUCGAUUUGUCCAGGAUCAUUUUGAUCACAAUAUUAGCCCUACUAUUGGUGCAUCCUUCAUGACUAAAACUGUGCCUUGUGGGAAUGAGCUUCAUAAAUUUCUGAUCUGGGAUACAGCUGGUCAGGAGCGGGAAUGCAGGUGUUGUCUACACUUGAAGACUCUAUGGUGACUGUAGAACUAGUGAAAUGAUGACAUCACAAGAGACUGAGCGAUUGAAUGGGGAAGGUAUUUUUAGUUAACCAAAAGCCUAAUGAGCUUUUGAGACAAAAGAUGUCUUUGUUAAACCUUCAGUUCUUUUGAUGAAGGUUUGGCAGUCCACAACACACACAAGACCUCUGCAAGAAGUCCUCC